AUGGCGAAAAAGAAAGGAGGAAAGAAAGCAUGCGAGGACAUGUAUGAAAUGUACGCAGAGAUGGUUGAAGACCAGGUUUCUGAAGAGGUUUUUGAAGAGCCUGAGCCGGCGCCAGUGCAGGCCGUUGAAGCUCCGGCUGUUUCGGAACAGAAAGCAAUUGCAAGCAAGCUGGAAAGACUGACGAUGCAGCCGAAAGUUCAAAAGCCGAAGACAGAAAUCAAAGUGGAAAAAACAAAAGAAAUGGAAACUGACUACAGAAGCCCAAUCUGCUGCAUUCUCGGGCACGCAGACACAGGAAAAACAAAAAUACUUGAUAAGAUAAGAGAGUCCGAGGUGCAGCUGUCAGAGGCAGGAGGCAUAACGCAGCAGAUCGGAGCAACGUACAUCCCCAUAGCAGAGCUGGAGAAGAAGUACAAGAUAAAAUCAGAUAAGCUGCCAGGCAUUCUGGUGAUAGACACGCCGGGACACGAGGCCUUUUCGAAUCUCAGAUCGAGAGGGUCAUCGAUGUGCAAUAUUGUCGUGCUAGUGAUAGAUAUUAUGCACGGAUUGGAGCUGCAGACAAAAGAAAGCAUUGAGAUUCUGAGAAGCAGAAAAACCCCGUUCAUCAUCGCGCUGAACAAAAUAGACAGAAUAGCAGGAUGGAAAUCAGGAGACACGCCGUUCUCCCUGAAAGACCAGAGCAAAGCUGCAAAGCUGGAGUUCAAGGAUAGAUACGAGAAGAUCGUGCUGGAUCUGGCAACCAUUGGGCUUAAUUCAGCAAUCUUCCUAAAGAAUCCAAACCCCAAGGCGUACGUGAAUAUCGUUCCUACAUCAGCAGUGACGGGAGAAGGCAUUUCAGACAUGCUCUAUGUUCUCCUGAAUCUCGUAGAGACAAAUCUCCUGAAAAGAGUCAAAUUUGAAGAAACCGUGCAGUGCAUGGUUCUUGAGUCAAGAUCCGAAGAAGGAAAAGCUGCAUCAAUCGACGUGAUUCUGUCCAAUGGAAUAUUGUCGCUUGGAGACAGAAUUGUAGUGUGCACGCAGAAUGGAGCUGUAGACACGACAAUCAAGCAGCUCCUUACGCCAAACCCCAUGAAAGAGACAAGAGUUAAAUCGAAGUACAAGGAGAAUAAAAGCGUAAAGGCUGCCAUUGGAGUGCGCAUAGUAGCACCAAAGCUAGAAGGAGUGCUGGCAGGAAGCAAGCUAUCCGUUGUUAAGGACGAGAGCGAGAUAGAGGCGAUGAUAGAAGAGGCUGAUGUGCAAAUCAGAGAAACAAUUCAGAACUUCAUAUCGGGAGACAAACAGACAACAUCCGGGAGCAUUUUUGACGUUGUGGGAGAAGAUGGAAUCCAUGCGCAGGCAAGCACGCUGGGUGCCCUCGAGGCUCUGAUAUCGAUCCUUAAAAAGGCGGAUAUCCCCAUACGAACCGUUGGUGUAGGGAGCAUAUCCAAAAAAGACAUUAUGAAGGUUUCUACGAUAUCAGAAAGACACCCAGAAUAUGCGACCAUGCUUUGCUUCGAUGUGGUGCCAUCGCACGAAAUGCAGCUGGUGGGGAAAGAGCUGAAAGUUAAAUUUUUAACGGCUGAAAUCAUUUACCACCUGACAGAGAAGUACAAAAAACACAUGGAAGAGUUCUGGGAAAUGGCAGAGGAGCAUUUGAAAGAUAAGAUUGUUUUCCCGUGCAUUUUAACAAUAGUCCCGGGAUGCGUGUUCACAAAGAGAUCGCCGCUGGUGCUGGGGGUAAAGGUGCAGGAGGGCGUGCUGAGGCUGGGUACUCCUCUUAUAGUAAUGCGAGAUGGCGAAAUCACAAGAAUAGGAAAAGUAACGAGUAUAUUAGAAGAUGUGAAGACAAACCCAAAGAACGACAAGAUAAAGGCGGGAGGAAAGGCGUCUAUAAAAGUAGAAGUAUCAUCGACACAGCAGCCGAUCAUCGUGGGAAGGAAGCUCUUUGAGACAGACCAGAUAAUAAGCAGACUGACAAGAGAGUCUAUAGACCUGCUGAAGGAAAACUUUAAAGACGCGCUGAGCAAAGACGACUGGAUGGCCGUGAUCAAAAUCAAAAAGAUUUUAGGUAUUUUAUAA